AUGAAAACCAGAAGGUUCAGCGCUACAAUGGGAACGGGUAUCGUUUCCAUUCUUAUCCAUAACCUCCCUUACAAUGGCAUUUGGCUAUACUGGAUCUCUGUGGUUGUCUUCGCCUUCAAUGUGUUUCUUUUUGUCCUGUUCAGCCUCAUCUCCCUGGCUCGAUACACGCUAUUUCGGGGUCUCUGGACAGCAAUGCUGAACCACCCCACGCAAUCACUGUUCCUAGGUCUGUGCUUCCAUUCCUUACAAGUAACAUUCGACGCGGCUGACAACAGUUCAACAGGUACAUAUCCGAUGGGACUUGCAACCAUAAUAAAUAUGAUCUGCUUCGUCUGUGUGCCUGCGUGGGGAAAUUGGGCUGCUACUUUGGCAUGGACCCUGUGGUGGAUCGACGCUGUCAUCUCCCUUGCGAACAAUAUGUACUUGCCAUUUGCUAUGUAUGAAACACCGGCUCAAUCUGUGCUAAGGUCCCUUGAUUUGCUGACGCUUUCUGCUAGCAUGUCACGGCAUUCCAACGAGCUUUCUGGUAUGACCGCAGCAUGGUUAUUGCCUGUCGUUUCUACUAUUGUCGCUGCUGCCUCAGGUGGAAUCGUCGCAUCGGUCUUGGAAAACGAACAGCAUGCACUUUGGACUAUCAUUGCCAGCUAUGUCCUCUGGGGAACUGGAGUGCCGUUGGCAAUGAUGGUGAUGGUCAUGUACUUUCACCGCUUGACAAUACACAAGAUUCCGCCCAAGGAAGUCAUUGUGUCCGUCUUCCUCCCAUUAGGUCCAUUGGGCCAAGGAUCUUUUGGUAUCAUGCAAUUAGGGAAGGAGGCGAUGAGAGUCUUUCCCAAGACAGACAGUUUGUCUACAGAAGUCUCAGCUGGCUCUGUACUUUAUGUUAUGGGCUUUAUCAUCGGGCUUAUAAUGUGGGGAUUUGGACUAGUGUGGCUUUUCUUCGCAUUGGCUUCUAUCACUCGAUCAAAAUUCCCAUUUAACAUGGGUUGGUGGGGAUUUACCUUCCCGCUUGGGGUAUUCACAGUUGCGACAACCACGAUUGCGAAAGAACUCCCUUCGUUAUUUUUCAAGGUUCUAGGGACGAUUUUCUCGGUGGUUGUCGUUUUACUUUGGAUUGUUGUCAGCGUUGGUACAUUUGCCCAAACCUGGCGAAGGAAGAUGUUUGUGGCACCAUGUCUUAAGGAAUGGGAGAAAGGGGAAGCGCAGCGACGUGGAAAAUGCACCCGCGUUCCAGAAGGCGCCUUAUAG